GUGGGCAAGAACGUGCCCGGUGCUUCCCCUGCCAAGGAGAGCGUGGUGGGCACCAAAGGGGUGUCCUCCUGCCCCAACCUGCUGCAGGCUGAAGCUCUGCUGGAGUCUGCUGACAUGCUGUACAUCAUCUACCCCUACGUGCAGUACUGUCUGCACGACAUCGUGACCUUCAGCCCGGCCAAGCUCACCAACAGCCAUGCCAAAAUCCUCUUCCUCCUCUUCCACGUGCUGCAGGCCAUGAAGGCUUGUCACCAGGUGGGUCUGGCUUGCGGCGCCUUUUCCCUUCGGGAUGUGGCUGUGGAUGAGAAGCUGUGCAGCCGGCUCCGCGUGAACCUCAGAGAGUACGAGGGACUGAAGAAGGAGGAAGUGACUCUGGAGGCUGGUCUGGAAGGAAGGAGAGAGCAAACCAGUGCUGGUGUGCAAGGGCAGGAGGCGAGGUGCACCGCCUGCCAGAAGGACCUUCAAGACCUGGUGUUAAAGUGGGUCCAUGGGCAGGUCAGCAACUUUGACUACCUUAUGUGUCUGAACAGUUUGGCUGGGAGGAGAAUGGGAGACCCCAAUUAUCACCCAGUCCUUCCAUGGGUGGUGGACUUCACUACCAAAAAUGGCAAGUUCAGGGACCUCAGGAAAUCCAAGUUCCGACUGAACAAGGGAGACAAGCAGUUGGACUUCACCUAUGAGAUGACCAAGCAGGCGUUUGUUGCUGGUGGAUCAAGUGGGGAGCAGCUCCACGUCCCCCAUCACAUCUCCGACGUCCUUUCAGAUAUCACCUACUACGUGUACACGGCUCGGAGGACACCCAGGGCAGUGCUGUGCUGCCACGUGAGGUCCCAGUGGGAGCCCAACGAGUACCCGGCCAGCAUGGAGCGCAUGCAGAGCUGGACCCCGGAUGAGUGCAUCCCAGAGUUCUAUACAGAUCCCUCCAUCUUCCGUUUUCCCGACCUGGAUGUGCCAUCUUGGUGUAGCUCCUACGAGGAGUUCAUUGAAGUCCACCGCAUGCUCCUUGAGAGCUGGGAAGUUUCUCAGGACCUCCACCACUGGAUUGAUCUCACUUUUGGGUACAAGCUGCUGGGGAAGGAUGCUGUCAAGGAGAAGAACGUCUGCCUCCAUCUAGUAGACAACCACACGCACCUGACAACUUACGGGGUUGUGCAGCUCUUUGACCAGCCACAUCCCAGGCGCAUGGUGGGACCUGCCUACACACCUCCUGAAGCUCCAACCAUUGCUCGGCCUCUUCUCCAGAACAUCAGGGAGACUGUGUUUUUGGAGGAUAUCCAAGGCCAGGUGACGGAUGCAGUGAAUGGGCUGGUCCUGGAGGCCACUCCUAGUGAAACCACCUGGUCUGGGGACAAAGCCCUCGCUGGUGAGGAUGAUUUAGAGCAAGGCACAGAAGCCCUGGAUUCGAUUUCUGCUACCAGUAGAGCUGCUGACCAGCCCUCUGCCCCCGUGCCUGCAGCACAGCCCUCUGCCCUCCCUGCUUAUGCCACUGAAGGCAAAGCCCCAGGGGUCCGACCUCUCCGUCGCAGCAAGGCAGGUGCUGUGGAUCAGGCUGACAAGAUCACGCUUCCUGAAGGCUUCAAUCCCCUCCAGGCCUUGGAAGAACUGGAGAAACUGGACAAUUUCUUGGUUAAAGGCUUAAGCAGUGAGAUGCAGCUAAUGGAGCAGCCGAGGGAAGAGCCACCCCUGGGUCUCUCAGACCUCUUCCAGAGGGACAUGCAAGCUCUGGGCGUUCUGGUGGCUGAGAUUAUAUUUGCCCCGAGGAUUCGUCCUUCGAAGCCGGACGCGUCGCUCCGGGAGCGGUUCCUGAUGGUCCGUAACCUCUGUCGCUACCAUCCCAAGGAGAUCCCAGCCCCGCUCCAGCACGUGCUGCACGUCCUCCUGCAGCUGAGUGUGCCAGUGGAGAAGCUUCUGAAGACCAGGCUGGGCAAGGGCACGGGCCAGUUGUUUGAAUACCAACCCAUCUCCCAGGGCCUCCCCCCACCCUGUCCCACCCAGCUCCUCAGUCCUUUCAGCUCCAUUGUCCCCUUCCCCACAUACUUCCCUGCCCUGCACAAGUUCAUUUUCACCUACCAGGCAAAGAAGAUUGAGGAUGAGGGUCAGGGCCGGGAGCUUGUUUUCCAGCUGUGGCAGCAGCUGGAGGGGAUCCUUUCCGAAAUCACUCCUGAAGGCUUGGAGAUUCUUCUGCCCUUCAUCUUAUCUCUGAUGUCCGAGGAGAACACUGCUGUCUACGCAGCCUGGUAUCUCUUUGAACCCAUAGCUAAAUCCCUGGGCCCAAAGAAUGCCAAUAAAUACUUGCUCAAGCCGUUGAUCGGGGCGUAUGAGACCCCCUGCUCCCGCCACGGCAGGUUCUACCUCUACACCGACUGCUUUGUGGCCCAGCUGAUUGUGCGCCUGGGGCUGCAGCCCUUCCUCCUGAACCUGCUGCCACACAUCCUGCAGAUCCUGGUGGGCAUCGAGAGCUCGCGGGAGGAGAGCAAGUCCCUCCUUGGCACGGCUGAGGACGAUGAGAGCGGAGGGGAGAGCCCGGUGUCCUGCGUCUUUGGGGAGGAGAUCAAAAUGGACGUGGAGCACAGCACCGCGGCGCUCGACCUCCUCGACUACACCUCUGGUGUCAGCUUCCAUGACCAAGCCUACCUGCCUGAGGGUGAGGACUUCCAGAGUGGCCUCUACGUGGGGGAGUCCCUGCAGCCUCAGGAGCAGGAGUCACUGAGCCUGGGGCGGCUGAGCGACAAGAGCAGCGCCAGCGAGGUGUCCCUGGGGGAGGACAGACCUGCCGAUGGUGAUUCCCAGAAGGACAAGAGCAGCUUGAAGUCGAUGGACAGCAGCCAGGACCUGAAACAGAGUGAGGACUCGGAGGAAGAGGAGGAGGAGCACGAGGAGGAGGAGCAUGAGGAGGCUGUGGUUGAUGCUGAGCUGCCAGUGGGCGCGGAUGCUGGCACCUCCGUGGAUGUCCCCCUGGCUGAUGACAGCAGUGAGCCCGAGGAUGGAGAGGGAGAAGAGCUGCCGGAUCACUCUGAUGACAAAGAGCAGACAAUACUCCUGGACACAGCCUGUAAGAUGGUGAGGUGGCUCUCGGCCAAGCUGGGCCCCACUGUCACCUCCCGCUUCAUUGCCAGGAACCUGCUCCGCCUGCUCACCUCCUGCUACGUCGGCCCCACCAGGCAGCAGUUCAUACCAAGCAAUGAUGAGAACAGUCCCCUGAGUAUGGGAAACAUCUACCAGAAACGGCCAGUGUUGGGAGAUCAGGUGUCCAAGCCAGUGCUGGCCUGUCUGGUGCACGUGGCAUACCUGUAUGGAGAGCCUGUCCUCACCUACCAGUACCUGCCCUACAUCAGCUACCUGGUUGCCCCCAGCGGCGGGGCCGGCGGGGGGCGGCUGAACAGCCGGAAGGAGGCCGGGCUCCUGGCUGCUGUCACGCUGACUCAGAAGAUCGUGGUGUGUCUCUCAGACACCACGCUGAUGGACAUCCUCCCCAAGAUCAGCCAGGAGGUUCUGCUCCCAGUGCUGGGCUUCCUCACUUCGCCGGCCGUCGGCUUCCCCAGCGGUGCCCAGGCCCGGACUGUCCUGUGUGUGAAGACAAUCAGCCUCAUUGCCCUGAUCUGCCUGCGCAUUGGGCAGGAGAUGGUGCAGCAGCAUUUGAGUGACACAGUGAGGAACUUCUUUGGGGCCUUCUCACUGCUGCAGGAGCUGCAGGACCAGGGGCUGACAGCAGAGUCUCUGAGCAGCUGUGAGGUGCCAGUGAUGGAGGUGCCCCUUUCAGAUGGGAAGCUGCUGGCCCUGGAUCCAACUGUGCUGGCAGAGUUACAGAAGGUGUUUAGCCCUGAGAUGGCCUACACCACCUACAUCCCCUUCUCCUGCUUGCUAGGUGAUGUUAUCCGGACGGUUGUGCCCAACCACUCGCUGGUUGAGAAGCUGGCCAGCCUCUACCUGGAGAACGUCAACCCCAAGAGCCUGCAGGUGGUUAGCCUGGAGCAGGCACCCAGUGUGGUGGGCUCAGACCAAGACACACGAGGGACCGAGCCCUUCCCCAGCCACCAGGAGGACAGUCACUCCGGUACUUUCGGGAGUGUGCUGGUAGGGAACCGCAUCCAGGUCCCUGUGGACACGCAGCGCGAGGGUCUGGGCUUGCUGCACCUCAGUGCUGGCCCUGAUGGCUCCAUCCCCAGCUCAGCCCACGAGGAGAACGCCCUGAAGCACGACCUGCCCCGCAGCACCCACAUGCUCUGUGGGAACUGGCUGGCCUAUUGGCAGUACGAGAUCGGGGUGAGCCAGCACGACCCCCGCUUCCACUUCCACCAGAUCAAGCUGCAGAGCUUCUCGGGGCAUUCAGGGGCCAUCAAGUGCGUGGCCCCACUCAGCAGUGAGGACUUCUUCCUCAGUGGCAGCAAGGACAAAACCGUCCGCCUGUGGCCCUUGUACAACUACGGGGACGGCACCAGCGAGGUGCCCCCGCGCUUCACCUACGCGGAGCACAAGAAAUCUGUUUUCUACGUGGACCAGCUGGAGGCAUCACAGCAUGUGGUGAGCUGUGAUGGGACUGUCCACAUCUGGGACCAGUUCACAGGCAAACUUCUCCGGACUUUUGAUGAAUUAGACAGCAAAGUCCCCAUCACAGCUGUGGCCACCAUGCCACCUCCCUACCACAGCAUCUCCGUGGCCAGCGCCGACUCGGUGCUGCGGUUCAUCGACCACAGGAAGCCAGGACUACAGCACGAGUUCCGCCUGGCGGGCGGGCUGAGCGCCGGGCUGAUCCGCUGCUUGGCCGUCAGCCCCGCCGGGCGCAGCGUCGUCGCCGGCUUCUCCUCCGGGUUCAUUGUGCUGCUGGACACCAGGACUGGACUUAUCAUGCGGGGCUGGCCUGCCCACGAAGGUGACAUCCUGCAGAUCAAGGCUGCAGAGGGCAACGUGCUCAUCAGCUCCUCUUCUGAUCAUUCCCUGACUGUCUGGAAGGAACUGGAGCAGAAGCCUUUGCACCACUACAAAUCUGCCUCUGAGCCCAUCCACGCCUUCGACCUCUAUGGCAACGAGGUGGUCGCUGGCACAGUGGCCAACAAGAUUGGUGUCUACUCCAUGCUGGAGUCCUCAGCCCUGCCCCUCAGCACCACCAAGCUGAGCUCAGAGAAUUUCCGGGGUACACUGACCAGCCUGGCAGUGCUGCCCACCAAAUGCCACCUCCUGCUGGGCUCAGACAACGGUGUCAUCCGCCUGCUGGCGUAG